CGUGGACGUCGUUGUCGUUGUCGUUGUCGUCGUCGUCGUGGUUGUCGAGCCACUUUUUGGGAUCAUCUUCAGUUCGAUGACGUUAAGGCCUCCGCAAGCUCCCGUCCAUCGAAACUCCGAACCCACUCAUCAUUUAAUCCUGUGAUUGCUCUAAGGAAUGACCGAAGAUGCCAUGCUUGAUUGCUAAGAGCACUCGAGGUGCCAUUGUUUUAUGCCUUCUACUUAUCCAUGUGGUCCACGUCUUUGGCGAACGGAGUGAAAGUGGCGUUCUGAUCGAAAAUCUUCCGUCCUCCCAAGUCCGCGCUGAAGGCCAAGAGGUCCUAUUCACUUGCAUUGCUAGAAACUCGAAUAAUGACACUGUGAUAUGGAAAUAUGGUGCGGAUAAAAUCCUCACUGCAGGGAAUGUGAGAGUCACGUCAAAGAAAAACGUGGAAAUUCUUCAUGAUGAAGGUGGAAGCGUAUAUGUUCUAUCAAUCAAGAAUCUCACCCCAACGGAUAGUGGUCUUUACAUGUGUGAGAUCAACACCCAGCCUCCUACCAGAUCAUUCUACAAACUCACAGUGAUUUCUUCCAAAUUAACGGCCCCGGAUAAGAACCACCAACAUGGAGACACAUUCAACACCAACACUGAAGACAGCACCACCAACAAUUCUACCGUCGACCUUUGGGGUUUCGCCACCCCCAAUCCCAUCAAUCAUGACUACACAUCCUGCUGCUUGGGAAUGGGUGUGUCGGAAAAAUGCCUGGGAUUCUGCGACAUCCGCAACAUUCUCGAAGGCAAGGCCGGCCAAAACCCCGCAGAGUGUGAGGAAGAAUUCCCGGAUAUCGUCAUGUGCAUGGCUGAUGGUCGGAACCACGUUCCGUGUUGUGAAGAGGCUAGGAUUCCCGACAUUUGUCAAGACAUGUGCUCUGGAGCGUACACCAGACGCUCAGAUGCGUUGAAGACCCACUUGGCGUGCUCCCAAUACACUGCGCCCACUUUGGCCUGCAUUGCCGAGGGAAUUAGCAUUCUACCCGGAAGGCCAGAGGAGCUGGAGGCUGUGGACUUGGGUUCCAACUCGUUCACUCUCAAAUGGAGACCGGCAGGAUCCUCCGAGAUGAGGCAGGAUCAUUUCAAAAUCACUCUGGAAACUUUGGGCAGAAUGAAGAAAGACAACUUGAAUCGGAAAGCGUCCUCUUUCAUUGCCACAGAAACGUUCACGGUGUCUGGAGAGGUAUUUGAGUAUCCCCUGACAGGAUUGAAGCCAUUCACUUUAUACAACGCCACCAUCACAGCUAUUAAUAAAUUCGGCGAAAGCUUGCCAUCAUAUGACCUUCUCGUGGUGACUCAUGUCAAGGGAGACCCCAUGUGGACCAAAUCCAAAGGACAGGCUCUCCCUGCAUUGCCAGACUUCCAAAGCUGUUGCCAAACAAAGAAUAUUUCCCAUGCCAGUUGUGCAGAUCGAUUCUGCAACUUUGAAAAAGUUCAGGAGGCUACAAUUCCGGAUUUGAUGGUGUGCGCUCCUUGGACCGGAAGCAUGUUUGAUUGUCUAUUUGAUGGGCAAGAUCACACUCAAUGUUGUCAGGAAAAUGGACUACCAGAUGUGUGUUUGGGCUUCUGUUCAGGCACAAUCAAAUCAGUGGAUUUCCGACAUUUCAAGUGUAUGGAAUACAUUGCUGGAAUUUCUAAAUGUAUCAUGAAGAAACACGAUGUGUUGACCUCAGCUCCAUUGGCUUUCCGAUUUUCCAACAUUGGUACGACCAUUGGAUUGCUCCAUUGGGAGCAUCCAAAAGUGAAUGGGGACAAUGUCAAGUCCUACCUGGUGCAUUACCGACAAAUGUUGCCCCGAGGCCUGGGUCAAGAUAUCAUCAAAGAGACCAAGCAUAACAUGUACAUCUUUGAGGAUCUGAUGCCAGACUCAUCCUACGAGUCUUAUGUAGAGGCUGUCAACCAAUACGGGGUUGGAGAGCCCUCUCCGCGAAUUGUGUUCCGGACCAAAAGGGAACCGUCCGACGCUCAUGAAAGGGCAGCUGAUAUCUACAAAGCACACUCCCAAUGCUGUAUUGCCUCUGGAUUACGAGAAGAAUGUUUACCUUUGUGCUCGUACAAUGUCACCAUGAGCGAUGUCAAGUCCUUGGGCAAGCUCUGCGUCUCGGAGGUGGCUCGAUUGACCCAAUGCGCUGCCGGAGGCCGAGAUCACAUGCCUUGUUGUGCUCGAAGAGGGGUUCCCAUCCAAUGUCAGCCUUUGUGUCAGGGCAUUCAACUGACACCCCAUGCCUCUACAUUGACGAGUUGCAUGGCUUAUGCCGGUAACAUUUUGACUUGUCUGGAGGAAGGUUCCCUGGACCUUCCCGAGCCCGUUUUCAACCUUCAUGCCCUCUUCGUGGGCAAUGACAGCGUCUCCUUGGAGUGGGAUCAUUACAAUGAGACCGGGGACAUCACUCAGUACGAGGUGUACUACAAGAUGUUGCAAAACAACUCCAACAGUCCAAACAUCUUCACUGGAAAUCAGAAUGUCAAUGUGUCUGGUUUGAGCAUCACAAUUGACGGUUUGGAAGGGUACUCUAAAUACCAGUUCUUCGCUGUUGCUCGCAACCACCUUGGGACGUCCCUCCCUUCGUCUGUGGUAACCUUGAGCACUGGUGCCCCCGACUCAAAGCGGGUCAAUGGAGUGCCAACCCCACCCUUCAGUGUGUUGGUAACAGGCAAAGGAUCCGAUUUUAUCUCAUUAUCGUGGACCACUCCUGCCAUUAGUCACCCAAUGGAUUAUCUCCGUUAUGUGGUGCACUAUCGGGCUAUCACCGAAAACGAAAAUGUCACUCAUUCCGUUGAGAGUCCCUUCAAUGCUAUUCGACUGACCUCUUUGGACCCGAACAGUCAGUACAUAAUCCAUUUGACGACGAAAACCAUCAAUGGCGAAAGCGAACCUUCCGAGACGUUGGUGGUGUGGACCAAUCCUAUUAUUCCAGCUUACGCUGAAGCUCCCACCAUUCACCCCAAGGAUGGGAUCCUGGAGGGCGACUCUGUGGCCGUCUUGUGUAUUGCCAUGGGUUCACCCAAGCCCAAUCUCACCCUUUACAUCGCAGGACACCCGAUCAGAAUGACACAAUCCAGACAUAUGGUCACCACGAUUCACAACAUCUCAAGGCAUAUGGAUCGAAUUGCUUGUCACGCCGACAACGGAUUUGGAACUCCAAUGUUGUCUUCCCGUCAAAUCUUGAUCGAAAGAGGUCCAAAUUUCCUCACAACUCCGCCCCAUAAAAUCACGGCCAAGGAAGGCCAGCCUUUGGUCUUGGAUUUCCACAUGGACGCCAGUCCAUUCCCUGAGAUCCGAAUUGGCAAGAAUGGUUCCAGUGUUCGCACAAGUGACAGGUUCCAGGUCAAACUCACCCAAGAUGAAGGGGAACAGUACACAGCCACGGCCGUUAUCAAUAUAACAAGUUGCUUGAGUGUUGACUCAGGAGAUUAUUACAUCAAGAUUAACAAUUCUGUGGGCUCCCUUCUUUACGAAUUCACUCUCCAAAUCGACCAAAACUUGCCACAGGCCGAGGACUCUCAAUCUUGUUGUGUCCGAUUGAAUGUUGCCGAGGAAUGCAGAGACUUAUGCUCUUUGUCCGUGGAUCUUGAUUUCCUGAUCGCCAAACCCCAAUGUUUCUCUGAAUUCGACAAGCUGAUGGAAUGUGCCGCAGAUGGUUCCGACCAUCGUCAUUGCUGCAGCAUGGCGGGUGUUCCCAAAGGCUGUCUGGAUUGGUGCCGAGGGAUUCAAGUGGAAGACUCCGAGUUCUGCGCCUUGACUCACGCCCGUGACAUCAACUAUUGCUUCAAGGAGGGCAAGUACACGUUGCCUGGAGCACCCCGCAAUAUCGAGGUCACCCCCAUCUCAAGUGAUAAGGCCAAGGCUAAGUGGGAUCCUCCCGCCAAGAAUCCCAAUGCUGUGGAGCUGUAUCGAGUUCUUUACCGGCGCAAAGGAGAAAGAUUUGCGGAGAAGAUCGACACCCCUGAGACUGAAAUCACCUUAACCAAUCUACUCCCAGGAGUGCCUUAUGAGUUGGUGGUGAAGGCUGGGAACUCCAAUGGCACCAGCCAGCUCUCUCCUCCGCUCCAAUUUUUCACCGCCAAUCAAUAUGUGGUGGAAACUACUCAAAUUUAUUCGCCGAUCCCAUCUAUAAUUGGAGUCCUGGUGGCUCUUUGCUUGUUGAUUCCGUUGAUAAUUUUAUCGGUGUGGUAUUUUAAGACUCACAAGACCGUCUCAAGGUCGUCUUCAAGUGCAGGCAGUUUCGACAAUCCGUUCUUUAAUCAAGAAAUGUACAUGAAUCAAUUGGAGGACGAUCAAACCUCGAAUCCGGCCCCGACAAUGAGUGGCAGUAAUGAACCUAAGGCCGCCGAUCCUUCCUCUCAGAACCUCGAGGACAACGAGCGCAAUCCCACGUUGUACGAGGAGAUCAAGCUGGGCAAGAAGGGCGAGGGGUUCAAGAGACUGACAUAAACCCGCUAUUUCUUAAGUUAUAUCUGUGAUAAAAAUAGACAAAAAAAAAAGACUAAAAGGCAUUCGAAACACUAA